GAAAUUGAUAGUGUCUUAUCGUGCCGAGGAAAGUCGUAUGUUCAUGUAGCAUCGAGGAGGUUCGCGAUUGCGCAGGAUUUUCUUUGCGAUUGAUCUCGAGUAUGCGCCCCGGUUGGCUAUUCGUAUGUUCACACAUAGGUAAAUAGCUGGUUAACGUGAACGUGUUACUCUUGUGUGGAUGUGGACUGCUUCUAACACCUGCUGCAUCCCCUGAACGUCUACGUCACGUGGAUCACUCGACGCAGAAACCGAGCGAAAAUAAGUAAAGAUGUACGGCCUAAUAUUAGAGAACAUGUCCGAGUACAUACGGCAAGUCUACGGAGAAGAUAGAUGGGAGGAGAUUCGACGACAGGCGGCCGUAGAUCAACCGAGUUUUAGCGUUCAUCAAGUUUAUCCUGAGAAUCUAAUACCCAGAUUAGCAAAGAAGGCGAUUCAGGUACUUGGCAUAACGGAGAAAGAAUUUUUCGAUCAACUGGGUGUACACUUCGUAGGAUUCGUUGGCCAGUACGGUUACGAUCGUGUGCUUUCAGUACUCGGACGUCACGUAAGAGAUUUCCUUAAUGGGUUGGACAAUUUACACGAAUAUCUCAAGUUUUCGUACCCGAGGAUGAGAGCUCCUUCGUUUAUUUGCGAAAACGAAACACGCCAAGGCUUGACUCUUCAUUACAGGAGCAAGCGACGCGGUUUCGUUUAUUACACGAUGGGUCAGAUAAGAGAAGUAGCUCGUCAUUUUUAUCACAAGGAACUACAGAUCGAGCUCGUAAGGGAAGAAGUCCUUUUCGACACGGUGCACGUGACUUUCCAACUCACCUUCGAUAACAGAGCUUUCACGCAAGCUUCCUUGGCGAUGACUCGCGAAGAGAAACACCUGCCGAUCGGAGCUUUCGUAUUGUUUGAAAUAUUUCCAUUCUGCAUUGUUUUUGGGUCGGACAUGGUUGUAAGGAGUAUCGGAAAUUCGCUGAUGGUAAUAUUACCCGAUCUCGUUGGUAAAAAAAUCACGCAUUUCUUCGAUCUUGUUAGACCGCUCAUUGCGUUUAAGUUUCAUUCGAUUUUGAACAGAACGAACAAUAUCUUCGAGCUUGUAACGGUAGAACCGAUUCUGACAGAGCGACCAUCCGAUCGGCACAGGGAUGAAAUUUUGUUAAGCGACGAGCUUGAUUCUGUGGACGACAGAACUUUAAGAUUGAAAGGCCAAAUGAUAUACAUGGACAAUUGGAAGAUGAUAAUGUAUCUUGGUACACCCGUAAUGCCCGACUUGAACGCCUUAAUCGCGACUGGACUAUACAUAAACGAUCUCUCUAUGCACGACUUCAGCAGGGACCUGAUGCUCGCUGGUACACAACAAUCGGUGGAACUGAAGCUAGCGUUGGAUCAGGAGCAAUUAAAGAGCAAGAAGCUUGAGGAAUCCAUGAGAAAAUUGGACGAAGAAAUGAAACGAACGGACGAGUUGCUUUAUCAGAUGAUACCGAAACAAGUGGCGGAUCGUUUGCGAAAUGGAGAGAGCCCGAUAGAUACGUGCGAAAUGUUUGACAGCGUAUCGAUUUUAUUCUCCGAUGUUGUUACGUUUACCGAGAUCUGCAGUAGAAUCACGCCGAUGGAGGUCGUGUCUAUGCUGAACGCAAUGUACUCUCUUUUUGACACGUUGACAGAACGGAAUCGGGUGUAUAAGGUUGAAACCAUCGGCGAUGCUUAUAUGGUCGUGUCCGGCGCGCCUGUGAAAGAAAUCGACCAUGCGCAUCGCGUAUGCGAUAUGGCCCUGGACAUGGUCGAAGCCAUAACAGAUUUGAAAGAUCGAUCCACAGGACUUCAUCUUCAAAUACGCGUUGGGAUUCACAGCGGUGCCGUGGUGGCUGGUAUCGUCGGCUUGAAAAUGCCUCGAUAUUGUUUGUUCGGCGACUCGGUGAACACGGCAUCUCGAAUGGAAGCGACAAGUCAGGCGAUGCAAAUUCAUAUAUCGCAUUCUACGCGAGAAUUGCUGUCACCUUCUUACAAAGUCAAGGAGCGGGGAGAAAUUGAGGUGAAAGGCAAAGGUACAAUGAAAACUUACUGGUUGGAGAAAAGAGAGCACAGAUCGUCCACGACGAAAGGUAUCACGAUCCAAGAACCACCGCAAUGGCACGCAAGAACCAUCGAGAAAAGACUGUCGGCGGGAACGUCCGCGAGCUUCGUUUCUGCGACUAUGUUUAGUCCUCAGAAUUGUUUGGAGACUUCGUCUAGGCGAGGUUCGAAGAUAGCGUCGCCGAUAGCCGUGGAUUCGUCGUAUCUUCCCGAAGAGAGGAGAAUUUAUUCGCCGAUCACGUUUCAAGAUGUGGCGCGGAGAUCGGUUGCCAAUUCGCCGACCAAGAUUCCUGACACGAGAGAGUGUAGAUCGAAUUCGAUGGGCGCUGUGAUCACCAGGAAUAUGGACCUGCUAAAUUCCCUUCUGAACGACACGGAGGAACACUUCCGACAUCACAGAGAUAGUCUGUCGCCGCGUGCCGAGAACCAAGCGGUUCUGGUACACGCGAAACCGGAGGUGAACGUGAGCGUGAACGCGAGUUCGAGCUCGUCCUCCGAGGAGUUUCGCGAGGAAAAGGUUCGAGCGACUGUUCCGAAACGAGAGAAGAACGUGCCUUGCAAAAAGAGCAAAGAGAAUCACGCCAACGCCCACAAUUCGCAGUCGCUGAUGCAACAGGAUCAGUGUUGUCCUGGGUUCAGUAUGUCGAAGAGUGGUAAAACGCGUCAUCAGAAUAACGGCUGCAUCGUUGCCUAAUAGACAACCGAUACUUAUUGUUUUCGACUUAUCUUACCGACGAAUCGAGUCCGAUUACGGUCUUGAAAUAGAAACUUCUCGAUUCAACCUCGGCCAGCGAAUGUCGAGUCGCGGGAGAUCCAUUUAUAUUAAGUUUCCGAUGUUUCCUUCAAAAACGUGGCAUUAUCAUAAUUUCCAUCGUUUUCAAGUAACAUUGUUCGAUGCGAAUUUUAACUUUUUUUAGCUCGAAAAUCAUCGAUUCGGAGAGAGGCGUUUAUGUAAUUGUCGACUAUAUUUAUAUAACGGAUACGAUAAUCUUGAUAUUUGCAGAACAUUUUCAUUUUAAAUAACUAUGUUUGUAAUAUUUGUUACGGUAUGUUGGAAUCGACUGGUUUCAUAGUUCGUUGUUCGAGGUUCAAUGAAUCGACACACGUUAGAAGUAAAAAAUGUCAAGUACUUAUGGAAUAGACGUGGAACUUUAUACAAAUUCACGUUUCCGCGGACUUCUCUCGAAAACGAAAGUUCUUCAUUGUUUCGAUAAUAGAUUCGACGAAGAAAGAAUGAAAUAUAAAAUGGUGUAAUUUACAAAAUUUCAAGUGUACGUAUACUUAUACGCUACAAAGAUGCGCCAAAUGCAUAAAGAUUUUACGGUGUACUCGUGAAUGUCAAGGUUAAUUAUUCAGCCUCCACAGUUCGUUUCGUCGAUUUUUUUUUACACGAAAGCAAAUGAUUCGAUCGAUUAGGUUCGCUUGGUACUCGUAAAAACGAAUUAUUCGUUCGAACUCGGUACAUGUAAAUCUCUUUCAAAUAUAUUCGAAUCUCGACAAUAUCGUGCAUACAGAGGAACGUAUGCGCAUCUGUGUUUCCUAUAACAUAUACAUACGUAUGUGUAUGCAUGAUGCGCGAAAGGAUAGUUAAAACAUGGAGAAGAAUUAAAUUCAUACAAAUCGUUCGAAUACGCUGUAACCGAGUUCGAGUAUUCUCAAGAUCGAAGUUAGAUCGCCUGUUUUAUUUCAAUGAAAAUCUAAUAAUUUUUUUAUUGCGACGAACAUAUUCUUAUUCGUUUCCAGUUUCCCUACAAUUAAUUUUAGUAAAAUUAUCUUUUACAUCUCAUAAUUCCUGCUUGUCAAAAUAACUAGACAGAGGAUUCGAACAUGCUCUAUACUUCUAAGUUUUAAUUUAUUCUUCGAAGUAAUUAAAAAUGGUCCAAGCAUAUUGGUAGAAAUCGAUGACGCUUGUAAGCACUGAUUUUGUUUUUCAAAUUACUUAAAUAGGAUUCGAAUCUGUGCCAUCUCGGUUUCGAUUCUAAUACCGGCUGCGAUAGAUUUAAUAAAAGUUAUCGCACAGAUAGCGUAAACAUCGACGGCAAUUCGAUAUCGGCUAGUAAUCGAAGUCGUUUUAACAAAUAACGAGACUCUCUGAGUUUGUAAGAAGCACGAGCACGAUUGUAUACCGGGAGCAACCUGAGACUAUCGAAAGAUGAACUGCGCUUCGUUAAUAGGUACUAUUCCUGGACACAGCGAUGGUAUUGUGCUCCCAACGAAUACGUAUAUCGAACAAGGGAACAAAGAAACAAGUGUGUAGAUCCGGAGAAUAACGCUUUGGUCGCUUGAGUUUAUAAUUGCGGAGCCGAUGGAAGAACUGAUUUAUCCAAUCAAACUGAUUUCGGGAAUGAUCGUCUCGACAGUAUAAUAAAUUUGUAUAAGUACAGUCGGACAGUAUACAUAUAUAAGUUAAUGCAUGUGCCACGUCAAUUUCCCUGAUUCGAUCAUCGCGAGACCACACAUUUUUUUUUAAAUUUCAUUUAUAAUCGCUACACUGUAGUAAUGUAAUGUGUAUCCACAACCUAAGAUUACAAAAGGUCGUGUUCCUAUGCAUGUCUGACCGUAACGUUUAAUCGGAUGCAAUAACAAAAUACAUAUAUAGAUGUAGUAGUAAGCAGAAAGAUGUCGACAUCAAAAUUAGAUAAUUAAUAUAAUGGUCGCUAUGUGUUUGUCAAAUUAUAAUAUGCUCGAUUUAUAAUCAGCUGCAAGUAUCUAAAGUUUCCAACGUUCGCUACCGACAAGAGUUUAUAGGCGACUUUCGUUUAACGCGAUUAAAAUUCGUCUUUUGGGCGACAAAGUGUCUCUUUUCCGAACGGACUAAUUUUUCGGUGUUCAAAUUUGUUGAACGGAAUCGACAAUUAAGCGGAUACUAUUAACGCGGCCCGCAAUUAUACAGAAUUACAUCCUGAAGUGUCUUAACUACAAGGUACCUAUCCUCUGCAAUUUAAUCGUACUACUGUAUAUAUACAAACAUGUCUUCAACAAUCGAAUAUAAUUUACUUAAAAGAAACACGGUCGUCCUCUAUUCCACUUGUGCGUGACCAAGUCUGUGCAUUAUGACCUGUAAUAAUGAAUUGAACGAAUCCGUGCGAUCGGUUGCUGUAAUUACUGUUUCCGUUUUCAUUCGCGUUAACUGUCAUCGUUCUAACCGAUACUGCCUGAUCGUUUAUUUAGGCGCGACCAUUAGCGAAUAUUUUUUUUUCAACUAGGACUUAAGAAAUUUGAAGAGCGCAGCGUCUAACGAACGUUGUCUUUUACUUUACCGAGGUGUCUAUAGCGUUGUAGAAACAAGUACCGUUCUUUUGCAUUGCUCAAAUUCCUUUGUUAAAAAGUAUCACGGUUAUCAUAUUUUGUCAGUCUUCUCGUUGUACUCUCCGGUUUAGAAAUGUUAUGCCGCGUAUUAAUUUAAAUGAUGUUGUAAGAAUUAAUAUAUGGAUAAUAAAUAUAUUACACAUUUUCGAUUAAA